AUGAUGGAGCACACCGAUAAACUUAUCAGCAUGGAAGCAAAUAAACUCAAACAUUCACAGAGUUACCAGGAAACUACAUCAGUGGGGAUUAAAAGAAUGCAAAAGCGAUUCCUUCAGAAAGAUGGAAGUUGCAAUGUUUACUUCAAACAUAUCUUCGGGGAGUGGGAGAGCUAUGUGGCUGAUAUUUUCACCACACUGGUAGAUAUCAAGUGGCGCCAUAUGUUUGUGAUCUUUUCCUUAUCUUAUAUCCUAUCCUGGUUAUUGUUUGGCUUAGUGUUUUGGCUCAUUGCACUCCAGCAUGGAGACUUGUUGCCAGAAGAAGAAGUCACCCCCUGUGUGGAGAAUGUCAAUAGUUUCACAGGGGCCUUCUUAUUCUCUCUGGAAACCCAAACCACCAUAGGCUAUGGAUCUCGCUGUGUGACCGAUGAGUGUUCUGCAGCAAUCCUGACAGUUGUCCUACAAUCUGUGUUAGGCUGUAUCAUUGACACAUUCAUUAUUGGAGCUGCCUUAGCAAAAAUGGCCACUGCCCGAAAGCGAGCUCAGACCAUCCGCUUUAGCUACUAUGCAACAGUAGGCUUACGAGAUGGUAAACUCUGUCUGAUGUGGCGAAUAGGUGAUUUCCGACCUAAUCAUAUGGUAGAAGGAACCGUAAGAGCUCAGCUCUUGAGGUAUGUGGAAGACAGGGUGGGCAGGAUGAUAUUGGAGUACAAAGACUUAAAACUGCUAAAUGAUCAGAUCAUUCUUGCCACUCCAGUGACCAUUGUCCAUGAAAUUAACCAGGAUAGUCCACUGUACGAUUUUGACAGGAAAACUCUGGCUAAGGACAAUUUUGAGAUUCUGGUUACAUUUGUUUACAUUGGAGAUUCAACAGGAACAUCACAUCAGUCAAGGAGUUCCUAUGUGCCUAGAGAAAUCCUUUGGGGACACAGAUUCAAUGAUGUUCUGCAACUGAAGAAAAAAUACUACAAAGUCAACUGCCUGCAAUUUGAAGAAACCACUGAGGUUUACGCCCCUUAUUGUAGCGCCAAGCAUUUGGAUAAAAAGGAACUAGAAUACACAGGUUGUGAUAAGACAACAAAUGGAGAACCAGAAAUUUCCUCUUCUUCCUCCUCUUCCUCUUCCUCAUGCUCCUCGGGAAUCAGAAUCAGAUCGUUUAGUGCUGAUGCUUUAAUUAUUCAUUCUGAGGUUUCUGGAGAGUCAGUCAAAAUUUCCAGUCCAAUAAAUACAGUGGAGCUGCCAUAUGACAGAGCUCUAGCAACAUUAAGCAGAAUUUCAAUGGAAUCCCAGAUUUAG